AGGCGGUUAUCUUCGAAUGUUUUGACACCGUUAUGGAUGGUAGAACGCCAAGAAGACCUCCUUCCAGCAAGCUCCUCCCAACGCUCAGGGUCGAUGGCGCAAGCGCUCAGAUGCCGUUUGAGCACGUCCUUGUAGCGCAGGUGCUGACCACCGUGCUUCCGCUUACCCACCGCCAACUCAGAGUAGAGCACAGCUUCUAAAUUUUUAUUUUUUUCUUAAUUUUUUUUGAAUCUAGAUGGGAGACCUCACACUUUAAAUAUCUUGGGAGCACUAUCCGGCGUGAUAACACCCUGGCCUCGGAGAUACCUUCACGUAUCGCCAACGCCGCUGCUAAUUUCGGACGACUCACAGAUCGCGUCUGGAAGUCCCAUGAUCUCAAGCUCGAGACAAAAAUUAGCGUCUACAGGGCGCUAAUCAUCCCUGUCCUUUUUUUUUUAUAAACAAAACUUGGAGCGAUCACUAAUAUUAUGAGAAAAGCAUCGAUAAUUGAGUUUUUCGAUGAAGGAAAUCCCUACCUAUCAUUCUUUUUGCCCGUAGAAUUAGAGGGCGUACCGCGAACACCGAAGUUCGCAAAUUGCGGGCAUCUUUCUCUGUCGCUCUAAUUACGCCUUACAUACAUACAUAUAAUCACGCCUAUUACCCGAAGGGGUAGGCAGAGACCACGGAUUUCCACUUGCUACGAUCCUGACAUACCUCUCUCGCUUCCUUCACUUUCAUGACAUUCCUCAUACACGCUCGUCGGUUUAGGGUGCUCUUGGCCUUCAGGAUUUCCCCGAUUUGAUCAGAGAAAGUCCGCCGAGGUCUACCCCUUCCAGCUCCCUCUUCUACUUCUCCCUUAUACACUCUCUUUGUUAACCUUCUUUCACUCAUUCUUAACGCCUUAAUUGGAUUAAAAGAAAAGAUGCCCGCAAUUUGCGACCUUCGGUAUUCACAGUAGGCCCUCCAACAAUAACAAACAGUCGUAAUGUAUAAGCAAUGAUAGAACGAUACUUAAACAUUUUAAUUUGACCGUGUUUUACAAGGCACUUAGGUAUGUUUCCAGUAAUUACUUUUCACAAAGCACGGCACUCAUUUCACGCGACAUGGUAUUUUAAUCGUUUCCACCAUUUCAUUUCUAACUUGGUCUUGACGGCGAAAUGUUACGGACUAUUUUAUUUUCAGUACUCUUACCAACUAUGAUGACAGCCAUUCAAAAGGAGCCAUAUUUCUACCGCAUGCCAUUGGACUCAAUUUAUGCUAGAACUGGACUACCAAACACGGAAAAAUUAGAUACCCAUACGAAAAAAACUGUUAUUCAAGGUUCUCAAGCAAAUAAACCACAAAACAUAUCUCCUAACGAAUUCACAUUUACCGCAAAACCAACAGAAUCGGUUAAUCUAAAACCGGUAAAUAUUGAACCGGUUUCUAGAAAUGCAGAUAUAGAACAACGGAAAUCUGAUAAUAACAUACCAGCAUACAUCUUAAAAUCUAUGGAGUUGAGCGAUCAUGAUGUUAAUGAAAAUGAGGUAAAUAUGAACGAUAUUUUUUCAAAUGUCAAACCAAAUCAGAUACAAAGAAUACAGGUACCACUAAUAAGCAAAGAACCGGAUAGUCUGCCGAAGCAAUUUGUUCGUCCUGGACUUUUAAAAAAGCAGUUACCAGAUUUUAACAAAAAAGCGCUAAAUUACCCUACAAAGGAAUAUAAUUUACCGCUAACUUAUAGACCACCGCUUAACGGAUUAUCACUACCGAUAGAAAACAUAAAACCGGUAAAUAAACCAGUAAACGAACUGACACUCCCCGGCGAAUAUGAUAAUUUCCGGUUCUCGUCAUUACCUGAAAAACGAGUAUUUCCGUUGCCAAUAUUAGCCCAUAAAUCAUUUAGUAAAAACUUAAACAAAGAUAGAUUGCUCAAGAGUAAAUUAGUAUCAUUGCUUCUGUCUUCAAAAAAAGAUAUAGAAAAUCAAGUAAGGGACUUACAGUCUAUCCAUGAUACACUGAAGUCUGAAACGAUGUAUAAGAUCGGAUAUCUCACAAGUCACAUGAACAAGAUGAAUAAACAUAUAAAUAUGAUAUAUAGAAGUGUUCAGGAAAAUCAUCAUAAUUGGGACGCGCUUCAAAUUUUGGAAGCAUAUGAAGAGGUAAAAAAGAACAACGAAACGGUUCGAGAACUUCUCAACGCGAUGCGUUCGUACCUCAGAGCUAAGAAAAGACCGGAUCAGAUUGGUUCGCGCGUUGAGAAAAAUCCUUUCAUUAACAGCAUCAGCUGGGCAUACUACGAUGACACCAUGCCUUGAUAUAACCUAUAAUAAAAUACAGACGUACUCGUACAGCAGUAAACGGACAGCAGUUGAAUAUUUUUUGAUUCAGUUGGUUUUUAUGCAAAAAUAUGAUUAAGAAUUUUAUGACUUCUACGACCUUGCAAUUUUGUUUGUGACGUUGCAGAAGUUAAUAUUAAAAUAAUAAAAAUCAGAAUAUCAUAUUCAUUGUUCUGUGUGGCCGAAUUGUUAUUAUAGUUAAUAGUAUCAAAUUUAAUUUAGGAUAAAGGCAACUUAAGUAAAACGUAUAAGAUUUAUACGAUAACAUUGGUAAUUAUAAAGGGUCACGUCUAGUACGGCGUGAGCGUAACUUACUUUCUAUGACAGUUUUGAAUAAUUCACGGUUAGUUUCACUAGACUUAAAUCGACCGGGAUAUGGACCGUGAUUACCUUUUGUAUUGUUUUCGAGCUCCCGAUAUUUUAUGGCAGUUACAUGUGUCUUGUUCAAUUGAAAGCGAACGCGCACGUUGAGGGUAGACCGAGCGCGGUCUACACAACUUUGACAACCCGCUAUUUUCAGUUACCCAUGAACAAGAUGCAUGUAUUAUAAAUAUAUCUAAUUGCUCUAGGUAAGUAUAAAAUGGAGAUGCCUCUUUAACUUUGCUCAACCCGUUACCAUCAAGAUGUCGUCUCUUUGACGUCCCCAAUCCAAGUGUGCCAGUCUGUACUCGACUCUCUUUAGCUUCCGCUUACCCCUGCCACUUGCUAACUCAAGUAUUGCCAGGGAAGUCAUUAAACAUUACCCAUCACCCUGAUAUUAAACUUAGGUAUUUUAAGAAUGUUGCCAAGUAAAAUUCAUAUUUGCAUACACUAUUCGGUGCAAUUACUAAAAAAUCAUGUCAUUCGGCCAUCCUACUUCGUGCAUGACUCCGGCGCACGAAACUCAAUCAAAGGUCGUUUUUUAUUCUGCAUGAAAUUCAUUUGUAACAAAUUCCUUUUUCAGUCUUCUAAUAAUUACAAUCAAUAACAUUAAAUGUAUAAACUUUAUUUUAAAUCUACACACAACUUUGACAACCCGCUAUUUUCAGUUACCCAUGAACAAGAUGCAUGUAACUGCGUCGAAAUAUCGGGAGGUCAAAUAAAUAUAUAAAAGGUAAUCACGGUCCAUAUCUCAGUUGAUUUAAGUUUACUUCCUAAGCAUCUUGCGAGAUUUAUAGAAAGUAAAUAACUAAGACGUUAGCGAAUGUCAAUUUGACAUCGCUAAGGCAGUCGAGGUAAGGCUAUAGAUGUGUUAUAAAUUAACUGAGUUGAUUUUGAUGUCAGAUUUGAUGUGUCAGUCCAUUCGUGUUUAUGACCCGUGACACUUAAACGACUACACAUAAAUCUGUAUUCGGGUUAUAGUUUUUACUCUUUAAGUAAGUGAAGUUUGUAAUCUAAGUUGUUUAGAAUAAAAGCCUUUGUGUAUGAAA